AUGGACAACAAAGCAGACGCAGGAACCAAGAAGAAGUUUGUCAGGAAGGUGGCUCCAUCCAAGGCACCCGGCCGUGUCUUGAAGAAGCAGCUCAGGAACAUGGAGCGUCUUCUCAAGAACAAGGACACCUUGAAGGAUUUGCCAGUAGAGGUCGUUGCAGAGACUGAGAAGAAGAUUGCUGACGUCAAGAAGAAGAUCGAGGCCUUGGGUCCACAGCCAUCACCAGCAUCAGCAUCGGCAGCAGCAGUAGCAGCACCCAAGUCUCAGAUCAACAGCAACUCAGUUGCAAAGGGAGGCAUCAAGGCGACAGAACUCAGACGUGCAGGACGAAAGAUUGUAGCCUUCAAGAAACAGCACCCCAACCACGAGGCUUCCGAAGCCGAGUCAAAAGAACUUGCCGAGCUCGAGCUCGACCUCAUGUACAUCAAGCACUUCCCCAAGACACACGCAUACAUCGCUAUUUACGCAGAGGCUGCUGAACAGGACGAGUCGCAGGUCAAGGUCCGGACACAGAUCAGAGAGGACACAAGAAAGGCAUUGGAGAGCGGCAAGAUUAAAAAGUCGACAGGAGGAGACAAACCCGAAGGAAAGACUGAGCCGGCCACAGGAAAGCACCCUAUCAGCAACUGGAGCGACGACAAUGAUGAGGAGGGUUCCGAUGAUGAGGAAAAGGAGGAUGAGCGGGAAACCAAGAAGCAGAAGAAGGAUUAA